CACGACCCCCCUCCCUCCAGCAGCUCCGACUCGGGAGACGAGAGGCAGAAAUGGAAGAAGAAGAAGAGGAGCAGAAGUCGGGAGCGGCCCCAUAGCGGCCGUCGGAAGCGUCGCUCGCGGUCCCGGGGCCGCUCCUCCAGCUCGGGCUCGGAGCGGGAGCGCGGCCGGAGGCGAGCGCGGAGCCGGGAGAGGCGCAGGCGGAGGGGCGGCUCCGCAUCCUCCGUGUCCUCCGUGACGUCCCCGUCCCCGCCGCGCUCGCAGGGCAGGGAGGAGCCGCCGCAGCUGAGCCUGCAGGAGCGCCUGAGGCUGAAGGAGGAGAAGAAGAAGCAGGCAGCGCUCAUGAAAGCCUUGGAGACGCCCGAGGAGAAGCGGGCCCGGCGCCURGCCAAGAAGGAAGCCAAGGAGAGGAAGAAGCGCGAGAAGAUGGGGUGGGGAGAGGAGUACAUGGGCUACACCAACACCGACAACCCCUUCGGGGACAACAACCUGCUGGGCACCUUCAUCUGGAGCAAGGCGCUGGAGAAGAAGGGGAUCAGCCACCUGGAUGAGAARGACCUGAAGGAAAGGAACAAGCGAAUCCAGGAGGACAAUCGCCUGGAGCUGCAGAAGGUGAAGCAGCUGCGGCUCGAGCGGGAGCGAGAGAAGGCCAUGCGGGAGCAGGAACUGGAGAUGCUGCAGCGGGAGAAAGAGGCGGAGCACUUCAAAACGUGGGAGGAGCAGGAGGACAACUUCCACCUGCAGCAGGCCAAGCUGCGCUCCAAGAUCCGGAUUCGGGAUGGGAGGGCGAAACCCAUUGACCUGCUGGCCAAGUACAUCAGCGCGGAGGACGACGACCUGGCCGUGGAGAUGCACGAGCCCUACACCUUCCUCAACGGCCUCACUGUGUCCGAUAUGGAGGAUCUGGUGGAGGAUAUCCAGGUUUACAUGGAGCUGGAGCAAGGCAAGAAUGUGGAUUUCUGGAGGGACAUGACCAUCAUCACGGAGGAUGAGAUAGCCAAGCUCCGCAAACUGGAGGCCUCGGGGAAAGGAGGAGCUGGGGAGCGUCGCGACGGCGUCAAYGCCUCCGUGAGCUCGGACGUGCAGUCCGUGUUCAAGGGGAAGACGUACAUCCAGCUGCAAGUGCUCUACCAGGGCAUCGAGAGCAAGAUCCGAGCGGGAGGCCCCAAUCUCGAUAUCGGCUACUGGGAGAGCCUGCUGCAGCAGCUCAAGGCCUAUAUGGCCCGGGCCAGGCUGCGGGAGCGGCACCAGGACGUGCUGCGCCAGAAGCUCUACAAGCUGAAGCAGGAGCAGGGUGUGGAGAGCGAGCCGCUCUUCCCCAUCAUCAAGAGGGAGCCGUCUUCCCCCAGCGACAGGUAUCUCUUCUCUCUCUCCCCUAAACUGGAGCCAGAGGAGACCCUGGCAGUGCAGCCAGGACCAUCCUCGGAGGCGGAGGCCGAGCCCGAGGCAGAGGCCAAGGGGGACGCGGAGGGGGAGGCCGUGCUCAUGGAGGAGGACCUGAUCCAGCAGAGCCUGGACGAUUACGACGCGGGCAAGUACAGCCCCCGGCUGAUGGGCACCACCGAGCUGCCCUUCGAUGCCCACGUGGUAGAGGCCGAGGAGGAUCUGCAGCGGCUGCUGCUGCUGCGCCAGCAGCUCCAGGUCACAGGCGACGCCUCCGAGAGCACCGACGACAUCUUCUUCCGCAAGGCCAAGGAGGGCAUGGGCGCGGACGAGGCGCAGUUCAGCGUGGAAAUGCCCCUCACGGGCAAGGCCUACCUGUGGGCCGACAAGUACCGGCCCCGCAAGCCCCGCUUCUUCAACCGCGUGCACACGGGCUUCGAGUGGAACAAGUACAACCAGACCCACUACGACUUCGACAACCCGCCGCCCAAGAUCGUGCAGGGCUACAAGUUCAACAUCUUCUACCCCGACCUCAUCGACAAGCGCUCUACGCCCGAGUACUUCCUGGAGGCCUGCCAGGACAACAAGGACUUCGCCAUCCUGCGCUUCCACGCCGGGCCCCCCUACGAGGACAUUGCCUUCAAGAUCGUCAACCGGGAGUGGGAGUAUUCCCACCGGCACGGCUUCCGCUGCCAGUUUGCCAACGGGAUUUUCCAGCUCUGGUUUCACUUCAAGCGUUAUCGCUACCGGCGCUGAGGGGCUGCUGCUGCUCUCCCCUCUGGACCGCUGCCGUGGGGGCGUGCGGGGGGGUCUGCUCCCUGUUUGCACAGCCCCAGGACCUSCUCUCUGCCUGGCCCUGGGCACGGGUGGAGAUUUUCCCCUCUUCUCCUUCCUUUUAUUCUGAGAGACUCUGGGACUUGGAUACAAAUAAACAAGGGUUAUUUAA